GGCUCCAACCUGUCAAAGAGCAUCUCCAUAUCCAACAUCGCUGGUCACCAGGUGUUUGAUGACAUGCCUAUCAAGGGUCUGCGGUACCUGUCCCAUUCUACUGACUCUCUGUGCAAGACCAACCUGGUCAAUGAAUCUACAGAGUCACUCACAGACGAAGGCACAGAGAUGAUUGACAGUCAGCAUGGGGAGUUUGAGGAAGACCUGAAAGAGCUGGAGGCAGACUCCUGGAGCAACGUUAUGAACAGCAACUUCCUCAAACAUCUGAAGAAGGAUGUCAUCAAGAGACAGGAAGUCAUCUACGAGUUGAUGCAGACAGAGAUGCACCACGUGAGGACCCUGCUGAUCAUGAUGGAGGUGUACAGUAAGGGUCUGGUGAAGGAGCUGCAGCUGGAACCUCAGACAGUAGACAGGCUGUUCCCUGCCCUGGGGGAGCUCCUGGACCUCCACACCUCCUUCCUGACACGUCUCCUGGAGAGGAAGAGAGAGAGCCAGCAGGAGGGGGAGGACGGAGGAUUCAUCAUCAACAAGAUAGGAGACAUCCUGGAGACACAGUUCUCAGGGACCAAAGCAGCGAUUAUGAAGAGAGUUUACGGGAAGUUCUGCAGCCGCCACAACGAGGCCGUAAACAUCUACAAGGAGCUGCACUCCAAAGACAAACGCUUCCAGGCCUUCAUCAGGAAGAAGAUGAGUAGCAGUAUCGUCCGGAGGCUAGGUAUCCCAGAGUGCAUUCUGUUAGUCACCCAGAGGAUCACCAAGUACCCCGUCCUGAUGCAGAGAAUACUACAUCACACCAAAGAGAAUGAGGAAGACCAUGAGGACCUGAGUGAUGCUCUAUACCAGGUCAAGGAGGUCAUCACUGCAGUGGACAGCAAGGUGAACGAGCAUGAGAAGAAGAGGAGGCUGAAGGACAUCUACAGCCGGACAGACAGCAAGUCCAUUAUGAGGAUGAAGAGCGGUCAGAUGUUUGCUAGAGAGGACCUGCUCAGAGGGAGAAGAUUGCUGUAUGAUGGACCUCUGCAGCUGAAGAACUCACAGGGGAAACUCAAGGAUGUAACGGCCAUGCUUCUCUCUGAUAUCGUCGUCUUCCUACAGGAGAAAGACCAAAAAUUUGUCUUUGCCUCUCUGGACCAGCGCUCCACGGUCCUCUCCCUCCAGAAGCUGAUCGUUAGAGAGGUGGCUAACGAGGAGAAGGGUCUCUUCCUGAUAACAGCAGGGAUGGAGAAACCAGAGAUGGUGGAGGUACACACUGCAACCAAGGAGGAACGCAACACCUGGAUGCAAAUCAUACAGGAGGCCAUGCAGUCCAUAGAGAAAUAUGAGGAUGAGGAGAACCCCAGUGAAACAGAGGAGGACAAGAGACUGCUGGAGACCAAAGCUAAGGAGAUGAGAGAGAUGCUGAGGAAGAAGGAUGAGCAGAUCAUGUGUAUGCUGGAGGAGAAGAUGGCCGUGUUUAGGGAGAUGUGUGAGGUCCGGAGCCCUGGAACCCCCCCAGGAACAGGCCCAGGAGAGGACCAGGGCCCCAGCCAGGUCACCAGGGCCAAGGGGCUGUUCAGGACUGGGAGCGGAGCGGGCUCUGAGGACGUACCUAAAGGAGAACCCAUCAUAAAGGGAGCACUACAGGAAGUGGAGACGUUGCAGGCGCUGGUGAACGGUACUCUGGGAGGAGCGAUGGGGGGGCAGCAGGUGGUGUGGGUCCCAGAGACAGAAGGAGGAGGAGGAGUGGUGGGCCCGGGCCCUGUAUGUCUCCUUCGCAGGGCCGAGACCUUCGGAGGCUUUGACUCUCAGCAGAUACACAUCUCUAAGAAUGGGGACAAAGAAGAGGGAGAGGACAGAGCAGACCUUCGCAGGACAGAGUCAGACGGUGUACUGAAGAAGGGGGAGAAUGCGACCAUGAUGCUGUUACUGAAGAGGAACACUGAGGUCCUCCACAGUGAGCCACAUCCAUGACUUGCUCAGCACCCUGCAGGCAGUGGUAGUCCAGCAGGACAGCUUCAUUGAGGAUCAGCGCCAGGCUCUCACCAACCGCCCUGAACGCCUCACCUCCUUCUUCUCCUCCCGUCCCUCCUCCCGCCACAACUCCCUGAUCGAGCAGGAGAA